GUAUUGAAAAACGGCUUUAGCUACAGCCGGCCGGUAUACGGUGUGCGGAAAGCGUGUACCCCCAUCGCUUAAUUACGUGGUAUGAUCGUGACUUCGAUUGUGACAGAACUUGGUGAAAAAUUUGUUAAGGGUUGUGACAGAAACUAAAGAUAUUUCAGCAUGUCUUUUGUCACAAAAGUGAUUCACAGGGGUCUCACCACAUCGGCAUUGAGACUGGCAGCAAUAAAAAAUGUUACUGUCGUCGGUGGUGGUCAAAUGGGAGCAGGAAUAGCACAGGUUGCUGCCCAAACUGGACACCAUGUUACUGUGGUUGACCAAUCAGAUGAAAUUCUUGCACAUUCCAAACUGACGAUUGAGCGGAGUUUGGCUAGAGUUGCCAAAAAAAAGUUUGGAGAAGAUGCCAAGGCAGCUGAAAAAUUCACAAAGCAAGCAAUGUCAUUAAUUGACGUGAGCACAGAUGCUUCUUCAGUUGUAACAAAGACAGAUCUUGUAAUUGAAGCUAUAGUAGAAAACAUCAGUGUAAAGCAAGAGCUCUUCAGUCGACUGGACAAAGAAGCCCCUCCGGAGACCAUCUUUGCUAGUAACACCUCCUCACUUCCCAUCUCAGAUAUUGCCAGUGUAACGGAGAGAAGAGACCGUUUUGGAGGCAUUCACUUCUUCAAUCCAGUGCCUGUUAUGAAGCUUGUAGAGGUUGUUAGCACGCCAGAGCAGAGUGAAGCUACAAUCAAGACACUCACAGAGUUUGUUGUAAAAUUAGGCAAAGUACCAGUCGCAUGCAAGGACACUCCAGGCUUCAUUGUCAAUAGACUCCUUGUUCCUUACAUGAUGGAAUCCAUUAGACUUCUUGAAAGAGGUGAUGCUUCAGCAAGAGAUAUAGACACCGCAAUGAAGCUUGGUGCUGGCUACCCAAUGGGUCCAUUUGAGUUAGUGGACUAUGUAGGCCUUGAUGUCACAAAAUUCAUCGUAGAUGGAUGGCAUGAAAAGUAUCCGGAUAAUCCACUAUUCAAGCCCAGUCCUCUUCUAGAAAGGAAGGUGGCCGAAGGUAAGCUUGGUACAAAAACGGGAGAAGGAUUCUACACGUAUGGAAAGAAGUAAAUUUACAACACCGAGGAAAAUGGUCUCUUUCGAUCAGGUUCAGCAGGGUUAACGAUCAUCUCACUCAUAAUGGACAUGAUCUGAGCCGAAACUGGAAAAUUGAAAUUAUUAUUCAGCGAGGGUUUGGGCCUGGGCAGCAGUUAAGACUGGUUUAUGAAAGACAUGUACAUUUGAUUUACGUAUUUUUCAAAGAGAUGCAAUUAGGUAUUAAAAUUAUAUUUGUUUUGUGAUUUUCCGUUGAACGACAACGAAGUUGGUAAACUCUUGAAAAGCAUCCGAAUGAAUAAAAUCGUUAUUAAAAGAUAGUGAGAUACAUGUAUCUGAAAAUUCUGUGAAAUAUAGCAAUAUCAAACUGGGAACCAAGGAAUGAUAUUCAAAAAAGAGUGUCGAACCCCCCUCCCAUUUUCAGUUGCAGACAAUAAUACAAUUUGGCAACAUGCAAGUAACUACAUGCAUGAUGUUCAUAGAAAAAUUGGAAGUUAACCCCGUGGAUCACUUUAAAACUGCUUUUGAGAAGGAAGGCAAAAUGCUUGAUAUAGGUGUAUUUUUUAAUUUGGCCUCAUGUUUGGAUAAAAAAUGUAGGGGAAAAACUGAUUGUUAAACUAGUUGACUAUAAGUUUAUACCUUCACUGAUAACCUUUCUUCCAUAAUGAUUGGACAGUUAAGUAAAACCCAUACCAGCACAACGUACGAGCUGUUAAAAUUGACACACCAAUUUGUUUUUUGAUGUUUUAAACUUCCAAGCCUUGGAAAGGCAGCUUCAUAGUUCAGGCGAAAGCAAAUAAAUGAACCUGGGCAGCAUUUUGUCUUGAGAAGCAUUAUCCUAGCUAAGGAUAGCAACGGCAUGCAGUAACUUUGGAUUUAAGUUUGUAUAUUUCUGGUUGCCGUUGCCAGGAAGCAGUUUGCAGCAAUGUUUGUGUUUCACAAUUCAGAAAUCUACUUCAGGUCACUCAAAAUAUUGAGCGUCAUUGGUUACAUUCUGCAACUAUCCUCGGGAUAGAAAUUGUGUUCCAGAUAUCCCAAAGAUAGGUCAAACAUCGACUUUCCAUCGUUGAUGAAUUUAAUUGAAUUACAUGAACAUGAAUUUGAUUGUUACUGUUUCAAGGUGACAACAUGAAUAAAAUAAAUCGGGAUUUGAAUGGAA